UGAAGCAGGUCCACCCUGACACCGGGAUCUCCUCCAAGGCCAUGAGCAUCAUGAACUCGUUCGUCAACGACGUGUUCGAACGCAUCGCCUCUGAGGCUUCCCGCCUGGCCCAUUACAACAAGCGCUCCACCAUCACAUCCAGGGAGAUCCAGACCGCUGUUCGUCUGCUGCUGCCCGGUGAGCUGGCCAAGCACGCCGUGUCUGAGGGAACCAAGGCCGUCACCAAGUACACCAGCUCCAAGUAAACGGUCACCUGCUCCUUGAGUCUAAACCAACGGCUCUUUUAAGAGCCACUCACUCCGCUCAAUGAGCAAAUCCUCCGGCCUCUGGUCUAUACAUGUUAAAUAUGAAUAUUGAAAAUAUUAAAUAUGUUGAUGAUAUUCCAGUUAAGUAAUAGUUGAAUAUCUAUGGCACCAUAAUAUUUGACAAGAUAACAUUCCAAUCCGUGUGUGCUAUGUAUUGCAAUUAGAGUUUAUGACGUCA